AGGAUGUGAUCCAGCGCUAAGCUGACCUUGCAUGUGGGAGAUGGUUUUGAAUUCAUGAAGCAAAAUCAAGAAGCCUUUGAUGUGAUUAUCACGGACUCGUCUGACCCUAUGGGUCCUGCAGAAAGCUUAUUCAAAGAAUCUUACUACCAGCUGAUGAAGACAGCGCUGCGCGAGGAUGGGAUUCUUUGCUGCCAAGGUGAGUGCCAGUGGCUGCACCUGGAUCUCAUUAAGGAGAUGCGUCAGUUCUGCAAGUCUCUGUUCCCUGUUGUGGAAUACGCCUAUUGCACCAUCCCCACGUAUCCCAGCGGGCAGAUUGGCUUCAUGCUCUGCAGCAAGAACCCGAACACAAAUUUCCGGGAGCCUGUUCAGCAGCUCUCACAGCAACAAGUAGAGGAGAGGAGUCUGAAAUACUACAACUCUGACAUUCAUCGGGCAGCUUUCAUUCUGCCAGAGUUUGCACGGAAGGCCCUGAGCGACGUGUGAGACUGUGAAGCUGCUUCCUUCCUUCAAGUUGGACCCUGAGAUCGUCAGUGAUGUGCUUGGGACCUUCCCAGCAGACUGCAGAUUUGCUCUCCACUGUGUGGGAUUGUUUAACCCUUUGCCAGCAAACAUUCCCUUUGAUGAUGUGUUAAAGAUGAUGGGGCGUAAGCCAGAUAAGACUAUUGACAAGGUCCAGUGACUUAUUGCGUGAGCUCAAAACUGUUCUUUCCAGUGCUGGAAACGUAAGACGUCUUUUUCCUUUCUCUCCUCCCACCACCUACUCUAAAUUCUCCCCUCCCUGUGCCCCCCUCCCACCUCCACCCCCUGCGACUGACAUGAUGUAUUUAUAACUGACGCUUAUUUCUGUCUGGUGAUCUUCUGAAACCUGGGAAGAGUCCAGAAGGGUCACUGACUCAGCCUUAAGCACAGAGAGCGAGAGCUUUGUGCGCAAAGUCAGCUCGCUCUCUCCUAAGAGGAGCUCCCUGCUGCUGAGACGGUUUGACUGUCACGGGUCUG